AUGCCGUGCUGGCCACUUAACUAUUUUUCAAAGGAGCAGAACGCUGGACCCAACCUGGCCGCUCAAAAAAUGUCCUGGAAAGUGUCAAAGGACGAGUUGAAGAUCAUUGUGAACAAAAAUGCAAAUACGAGCAUCCAGAAAAUGAGUCGCGAGUUGGAGAACAAGAACUCCAAAGAGGAGAAUCCAAUAAUCUCAAAACGUCGAGUCUUUGGAUCCUAUGCAUUGGUGGGCACCCAACGUGCCGAGUUUCUUCAGUUUAAGCAGUUUACAAUGAUUCACCUUUCUCCGGAUGUAAUAGACUAUUUGUAUACCCUUAAACAACUGCAAAAUGAUAAUCUGGCCAAGUUUCUGGGAAUACAGUGUAAUGAUGACACUAUGCCAACGUUAACCGUUCUGCAUACACUUGUGGAGCGUGGGACACUUGAGGAAUUCUGCCUGAACCAAGACUUCUCGAUGAACGAAACCUUCAAGUCUGCAUUCAUGAGAGACAUGUUGAGAGGACUCAAUUAUCUUCACAAGGGACCAAUUGGAUAUCACGGAUUCUUACAAGCAGCCACCUGUCUCAUCGAUAUCAAUUGGGUUUUGAAACUCUCGUUGUAUGGAGUCACGAAUUUCAUUUGUGAUGCGUUGGACAACAAGAACAUCCAAGCACCCGACUUCCUUGACCGGACCGUCUCUAGAACAACCACGAGCCAAAUCCAAGCUCGCAAUCUCUCAAAACUAAAUUUAAACUGUGCUCUCCUAUGCUCAAUACGUUACGAUAAGACCGGAGAAAAGCCGCCAAGAAUGGUGCGAGGCAGUCAGAAAGGCGAUAUGUAUAGUGUCGGAAUGAUUUUAUACAUGAUGAUCGAACGAGACGAUCCGUACAUGUUUUCGCAUGAACUAGGACGACCAGAUCAGCGUCUUGUCAAAGACAUAAUCGUCAAUAAUAAACUGCCACGUAUUGCCGAGGAACAUAAUUCUGAAGCACUACUUCUCGAGAAGUGCAAAGAAUGCUGGAGCCGUAAGCCUGAAGAACGACCGGAUGUUAGAGAUAUUAUGGACACAAUUUCAAUUGUCUAUGCUUCAGCAAAAGGAAGUCUGGUAGAUCAAAUGAUGAAAAUCAAUGAGAAAUACGCGGCCGAAUUGGAAGACUUGGUAGCGAUCCGAACAGAAGAGUUGGCUUAUGCGAAAGAGACUACAAUGAAGAUUCUGAAUGAGAUGUUGCCACAAGCAGUAGCAGAGGAUCUAAAAAACGGAAUCGUUCAAAUGCCAAGAAGCUACGAGUCAGCGACAGUGAUGUUUGUGCAGAUUUGUGAAUUCAACGUCCUGAUGAAGAAAAGCACUCCUGAUCAGGUCAUCGCGUUUCUCAACGACGUUUUCGAUCAGUUUGACAGUGUCAUUAAGCAUCAUGUGGCUUAUAAGGUGGAGACUACUGGUGAGACAUAUAUGGUCGCGUCUGGUGUACCAGAGGAGAAUGAUGGGCAGCACAUUUUUGAGAUUGCUGAGAUUGCCUUGGAGAUUCGAGAAGUGGCGGCAGUGUAUGUUUUGCCGCACGACCCGAAGUAUAUUGUGAGUUGUGGUUUUCUCCGCAUCCGUACUGGCUUCCAUAUGGGACCCAUCGCUGCCGGUGUCAUUGGUAUAAAAUCGCCACGGUACUGUCUUUUCGGCGACACCGUCAACUACGCCUCUCGAAUGCAGUCGACAUGUGCUCCGAACCAAAUACAAACCAGUGAGAUUACGGCAAAAGUGUUGGAAAACUCAAAACGGUACAUUUUGGAUGACAAGAAGCUUGUGUAUGUCAAGGGAAAAGGAGACAUCAAAUGCUACUUGCUCACUGGACGCACUUAUCGAGGAGCAAAGCAAGUCGAGGAGCUGCAAAACUGA